UAGGAAUGUCAACAUCGAUGAUCAUUACAUAUAAGGAAAAAACAUUAAUGAUUACAUGAAAGGCAACCCUAGCUAACAGUUCGAUAUAACAAAAAUGCCUCCAAAACCAAGAACGAAUGUUAAGAAACCUGCAACAAACAAAAAAAGUGUAGAAUCAUCAAGAACAACAGAUUCUGCAAAUUCUAGUACAGAUACUACUAGCGGUUUGAGUCAAGAAGCCGAAGAUCAGUUUGAAGUAGAAUUGUGCUGGUGUAUCCAACAAUUAGAAAUGUGUCUAGCCACUGGAAAGCUUCUCGAGAAGCAAGCAUUUGAUUUAAAUAAGAAUAUAAGUAUCUUGAAAAGCAACAGUGCACCUUUGAUAAAAAAAAGACAAAUAAUGCGUAAUACUUUAGGUAAUUACAGAGAAAAGAUGGCUUUGGAUGAACAGAAACUUGGUAAAACUACGUCUUCUAUUAAAUUUCUGCCUCCACCUAUGCAAAAUAAAAAAUGUGUAUUUUUUAAGAAAGCUGGUUGUAAUUCUAUGAGAAAGAAACAAUAUUUAAAUAAUGACACAACAUGCUUACGUACAAAUGACACUUCUGUCGAUAUUGACAAUUUACAGACUGUAUUUAAAUUUAAUUUUCAAAUUAACGAAUAAAGAAGCCUUUUGUAAAUAUCUUUGAAUAUAGUUACUAACUUUUACUUUGUUUAUAUUUAAUUUUCAAAAUAAUUGUCUAAUUAUUUUUUUAGUGAAUAAUUUACUUCGUGUUAUAAUGUUCGAUUACAUACUAUAAUUAACUGUUACAUUACAAAUACAAUUAUUAAUGUCGUUUUAUAUGAAUACAUUAAUUUGAUGAUUUAAAUCGAAAGGUUGUUAAUAUAUUUUUUUAUCAAUAUUUUGUAUUAAAUAAAGAUAUUUAUGUAAAAUUGUUCAUCAAAUUAGUCCCUUAUUUUAGUUUUAGUAGAAAGUAACGGUAACACGGUCCUGUGGCGCAACGGAUAACGCGUCUGACUACGGAUCAGAAGAUUCCAGGUUCGAAUCCUGGCAGGAUCGUUCGGUUUUUUUUUCCUUCGUUAAAAACUUCGUAAUUAGUUCACGCUAAAAAUAAACGUAAUUAAAAGUACCAUUAAAGUAUAAGAAAAAUGUAUAAAAAAUUGUUGAACAAGCACUAGAUCAAAAUAAAGGGGAAAUAUACUGACAAAAGAAAACUCGUAUUCACAAUUGAUAAUAGGGAAAUUCAAGGCGCAAAUGAAAAAUCCAUCAUGUAAAUAAAUAUUAUGUUAUGAUAUAUUUAACAACCAGUAGUAACAAAGGUAUCUUGUCUCUCUUACGGUACUUAUAGCAACAGAACAGCACUCUUUAUCGUAUGGUACAAGCUUGAAUCCGUAUAUAUAACUAUGUAUAUUUAUGUAUAUAUAAUAUAUGCAUUAUAGGAUGCCUCAAAAGUCUAUCGCACAAUUUCAUUAGUCCGUCGACAGAAGAUUCGGAUCGAAACAAUGAAGAAUUACGAACGUUUCUACUGACAGAAUCGUGAAACGAAUAUGAACUGUACAUACUGUCGUUUGUACCCAACAAAAAUACUAUGAUGCUCGUUACAAUAGGUAAAACUUAAUGAUAUGAAUUCGAACUUGUCGAAAUAUUUUUUUCCAAGAAUGCACUAGACUCUCACGACUCCCUGUACAAAUAUACGUAUUCUUCGAAGGAUUUCGUUUCAUUAUUUUUUCUUUUUUUUUUUUUUUAAUAACGUAACAGUGAUAUAUUUGUAUAUAUAUGCAUCUAGAAAAAAAUUGUCAGUUCCACCUCUGUCUUGUAACGGGUGGAACUGAUUGCAACUUAUCAGAGACUCGUUAAAUGACUUGCACGUUCGCUAAAUAGAAAUAUCCUCUUAUUAAAGAAAUAUAAUCUUCUAAUAAUAUACUUAUAUUAAAUAUAUGUAUAUAUAUAUAUAUAUAUAUAAUUUUUUUAUGUAUAUAUAUCUGUUCUUUUUUCUCAACUAAAUAUUUGUUUCUUUCAAUCUUUGCUUCGUUCCUUUUUGCUUUUAUUUCAUCGCGAAAAUUAAACGCGCGUCUUACUUUUAUAACAACGUCGUAAAACGCGGUUCCCAUUUUUUCCUUUUCAUACAUAUAUAUUUAUUUUUGUUGGCUUUUUUUUGGUCUUUACAGAGCGAUUUUUGCUUCGGUCGUCUUUGGUAGAAGCACACGUUUCGAUGAAACGUUCAUCCUCUCGUAGUCGAAUAGUUUUUAUUCAAUUUUUUUUCUUUUCAAGAGAAUUUUCUCGACUGCGUCUCUCUGUUCCCUGAGUCGGUAUAUAACCAUUUCAGUCUUCGCUGUCCUUUCUUCGUUCCUUCUCACCUUUCCUUUUUAUAUAAUGUACCUUUUCUUACGAUAGUAUAACAACCUUCAUUUUAUCGUUUUACUUCAUAAACAAAGUCGAUAUAACGUGAUCCACAGACUUUCGUCAUUUUAUUUAAAAUGCUAUUUAAAAGUUUCCUAACAACAGCAUUUUAUAUUAAAUUAAAAGAAAUUUAAAAAAAAGGUGACUCCUUUUUUACUCAUGAGCUACGAUUCUUCGAAAAGAAUGCGCUUCUUUUCUAUUCUAUUUUGUGGAAUGAACAUGCUAAAUUGAAACAGAAAUUCCAUGAGUCACCAAUCGUUCGAUAAACAUACCGAGAAUUAACAAACAAAACAGUGAUACUCGUCGUUUCAACAUUCUUGCCACAAUAUAUCAAGAAAUUUCGUAAUCAUUUACCGAUUCAAUUCAUACAGAUUCAAUUGUUUGUUUUUUAAAUUGUUUCAGGAUAAAUAAAAAUUUGCUGAAUACGUAUUAAAAUUUUUGAUGAAGAUAAAUUUCUUUCCAUAAAAUAAAGAAAGAAACGUUUUGAUGUUCACCUCGUUAAUAAAUCUUUCAAUGUACACGUCACGCGUAUAGUCUCGGAUCACCGUUCGCGAAAUAGCAAGAAGAAAUUUCUUUUGAGAAACAAAAAAGACACAUACGUUAUAUACAUAUACAUGUAAUACUCGAUAAACCUCGGCAACCCUAAGUAUAGGUAUGUGUAUGUACGUGUGUGUGUGUAUAUAUAUAUAUGUAUCUGUUAGUACCUUAUAAAAUGUACACCACUGCCUCUUUAAAUAGCAAUGUUCGCACCUAAUGCAGAUUAUAUAAUUACGUGCAAUCAUAAACAAUUUUAGUAAGUAUUUAUAUCACCUGAGAAAGUUAAAUACAAUAUAGUAUUAAAUUUAUUAGAAAUUAAUAUAUAAAAAGUAUUUUAAAGGGACAUAAUACGUAUAACGAGAGGAGGGGAGGUAGAUGACUUCUCUUCUGUGUAUAGUUAGUUCACAUUAACUAGAUUUGGAAGAAUAAAAUGUGAGUAGAAUGGGAAACAUACUACUAUAAUAUACUCUAUUGCUUCAUAGAGCAAAAUAGAGUAAGGUAGCGUAGCGUAGAAGAAAAUAGGGUAGUGUACUAACAUCAGUAAACUUUAUUAAUGUAAUCUAGGCUUUAAAGCUAAUUACAUUAACACCAGUAUUUCUUACUAUUUCUUUCCAUUCCGAGUAAAGUAAAGUAACUCAGCCUUUUCUUAUCAGGUGAAUAGUUUAGAAGCAGUAUGCUCUAUCAUUUAUUCUAUCAACAUAAACCAGACUUUAGAAAAUAUAAAGACGAGGACUACCUCCUGUACACUUCUUUAAAUCGAAUUGUAGAGAAUAUCCAACAUCUAAGUCAUCUGUAUAUCAUAAUUAUCAUUUAAAGAGGCAAUGCUAUACACAUACAUGGUUCUGUGUGUUCACCGUGGGUACAAGUGUAUACAUAUAUAAUUUUUUUCUCCUUAUAUAUAACAUUUUCUUUUUACAUAUAUAAAGAUUCAGGACUAAAAACCAAUGUAUAAGAAUAGCGUGUAUUCGAUAUAUGCUCGGUGAACAGAACAUACCUUUCGAGUAGAAUCUAUAAUCAAUCAUCCGAGCGCGUAUCACGAAAUACACGCACUCUGUUUUUCUCUCUCACGCAUACAUUCAUUCUAGUAUUUUUUUCCUUCUAACCAUUAGUUAAAUAAAUAAGUUCUCUUCGCCGAUGUUGAUCGUUCAGAAAUAUACACGCACACCUAAUAACUCAAUUGUCUUUCGUCUGAGGCACAUUUUUCUAUGUAAAUUGUCACGAAUCGAGUUUCGCGAGAAACAUUUUGCUCUCUCGAAUUCCGUGUUUUUUCUUUAUUUUUUCGUUUUGUUUUUUUUUUUUCGGGGAAGAUCAGGGACACAAGAAUCAGGCGUUCGUUCGAAAAAAAAAAAA